AUGGCUUUCAAUGUAACGUCUAAUACUACCCUGAAUCAGGAGGUAACCGGCAGUACGGUAACAUGGGAUGUUGUUGACGCUUCACUUAUCGCUUUCGGUGUUAUUGGUAUUCUGGGUAACGCGACUGUGUGUCUGGUGUUUCUUGGUCUCCGCCGUCUGCGUAAGAUUGUCACGAAUUACUUUAUCAUCAGCUUGGCAAUGGCUGAUCUUAUGGCUUCUCUCACCCUAGUUUCACAACGUGCACUACUGAUGCUACCAGUACCACCCGGGGUUGGCGGAAUAUUGUUUUGCAAAUUUAUUUAUUCCGAGGUUUUCUUUUGGAUCAGCGUUGCGGCCUCAACAUUCAACCUAGUCGGUGUCACACUCGAGCGUUACCUUGCUAUCGUAUACCCCUUUCGCUAUCAAGCCUAUUUCUCCGCAGAAAAAGCAAUUAUUAUCAUUGUUUUGUCCUGGUCUUUCUCACUAUGUCUACAAAUAUUUUCCUUCGUUAUAUAUGAUUACGACGGUGAGUACUGUACGAUAUACUGGUCCACUGCAACGGGAGCAGCAGUCAAUUGUCUCGUAUGGUUCAUGUGCACCUACAUCGCACCUUUGUGUUUCAUGACGUACGCAUAUCUACGCAUUAUCUCGUCCCUGAAACGCGACACCUCAAACCUGCAACGUUCCACUGACGUUAACAAGGAACGUGACUUAGAAAUGCUUGUAGCGCGGCGGAGAGUCAUCAAAAUGCUUUGUAUUGUUGUGGUCACGUUCUUCGUGUGCUGGACGCCGAGUCAGAUCAUGUUCCUGGCCAGUUUCGGAUUUGGCGCACCCAUAUACCAAGAGGACGCUGUCUACAGAGUGUUCACUGUUCUAGCAUUCAGCAACUCAUGCAUCAAUCCAUUCAUAUAUGCAUUGAGGAACCGUCAAUUUCGCGAUGGAUUUUUAGUAUUAUUUUGUCGAAAAGACAACAAGGUCAGUCCGUUCAAUAGCACACACGCCCACCAUAGUUCUAAUGAUUGA